CCGCAGCCCCUCCGGAACUGUGUCUCCGCGCACGCGCAGUACCCGAGUGACUGACGCCUGGCCGAACGCGGCAGCGGAAAACGAUGGUUUUAAAAAAAGAAAAGAAGAUAUUAAACGAGAAUGAUUUGUAGCCGGCAAACUCAAAGGCUUCACCCCAUCAAGAUCUGAUCGUCUGACCACAAAAUGUCAGAGCAGAAGUCAAAGUAACUCGGUUGGCCAGAACCUGAAUAUCUUCGGCCUUUUACCGUGGAGGGGAAAAAGCAAUUUGUACAGGAUUUGCAGUCAGAAAGAGUGCAAACUGAAUGUUACACCAGGAUCUGACACAUUCUUCCAACGUUUUGUAACCUGAAUGUCGUUCGAUUUUGAACAUGGAAGGACACAGCACUGUUUGCAGCGGGGAGAAGUUGUUCAUGUGCCCAGUGUGUGGGCGAGGCUUCACACAAUCAUCUGCUCUGUCGAGACACAAGCGUAGUCAUGGUGUGCAGAAACCGUGGAAAUGUAGGGACUGUGGGAAGGGGUUCAUUUCCCCGUCGAAGCUGGAAACUCAUCGGCGUACUCACACUGGGGAGAAGCCCUUCACUUGCCCCGAGUGUGAAAAAGGAUUUGCUGAUUCAUCUGCCCUCCUGAGACACCGGCGUACUCACACCGGGGAGAGGACUUUCACUUGCUCCAACUGUGGGGAAGGAUUCACUCGAUCAUCUACCCUGCUGGCCCACCAGCGCGUUCAUACGGGGGAGAGGCCGUUCAACUGCUCCGUGUGCGGGAAGGGAUUCACUCAGUUAUCUAACCUGCUGACCCACCAGCGAGUUCACACCGGGGAGAAGCCAUUCACCUGCAUAGAGUGUGGGAAGGGAUUCGCUGAUUCAUCUGCCCUGCUGAGACACAAGCGGGUUCACACUGGGGAGAGGCCGUUCACCUGCUCAGAGUGUGGGAAGGGAUUCAUUCAGUCAUACAACUUGCAAAUACACCAGCGCACACACACAGGGGAGAGGCCGUUCACCUGCAAUGUGUGUGGAAAAGGAUUUACUGAUUCAUCCAGCCUGCUGACACACCAGCGAGUUCACACUGGGGAGAGACCGUUCACCUGCUCCGAGUGUGGAAAGAGAUUCACUCGGUCAUCCAACCUACUGACACACCAGCGAGUUCACAAUCAGCUACGUGGGGAAAAACCGUAUGUCUGUUCUGUGUGUGGAAGAGGCUUCAGCCGAUCAUCUGGCCUGUCAAGACAUCAGCGCAGUGACAUGGUGGAAAAACCGUGGAAAUGUGGGGACUGUGGAAAAGGAUUCAAAUCCCCUUCUGAGCUGGAAACUCACCGGCGCAGUCACACUGGGGAAAGGCCCUUCACUUGCUCUGAGUGUGGCAAGGGAUUCACUCAGUCGUCCACCCUGCUGAGGCACCAGCGAGUUCAUACUGGAGAGAGACCAUUCCCUUGCUCUGAGUGUGGAAAGGAAUUCACUCGAUUAUCCAUCCUGCUGAGACACCAGACCAUUCACACUGGGGAGAGGCCCUUCACUUGCUCUGAGUGUGGGAAGAGAUUCACUCAGUCAUCCACCCUCCUGAUACACCAGCGCCUUCACACUGGGGAGAGGCUGUUCACCUGCCCCGAGUGCGGCAAGGGAUUCACUCAGUCAUCCAACUUACUGAGACACCGGCGCGUUCAUACUGACGAGAGACCUUUUCAAUGCCUAGACUGUGGGAAGGGCUAUAAAAGCUCGGGGGAACUGAUGUCCCAUCAACGUGUUCACACAAAUGAGAGGCCAUUCAGAUGCUCACAUUGCGGCACUGGUUUCAAGCACUCGUCUCAACUCACAGUUCACCAACGAGUUCACACCGGGGAGAGGCCAUUCACCUGCUCUGAGUGUGGGAAGGGAUUCACUCGGUCAUCCCACCUUCUUGGGCAUAAGCGAAUUCACAAAUAGCAACAAUGAUUAUCACAUCCAGGCUUGCACCAUGUCCACUGGGGUCUGUAUGUGCUGAUGUUGGUUAAACCCCAGCCUAGUUGUAGGUGUUAGUAUUCCAGAUAAAAUUUAAAUAAAUCAGUUUUGUGUUAAUAUAGACUGUGUUGAAUCCUCUGAUUAUGUUUAACACAUUCCUUGUGAAGGACUCACCCUGUU